AAAAACCAGCCUACGUGAUGGGACAGUGUUCCUGCGAGGUUGGUGGCGCAGGUAGUAAAGAAACUUAAUAGUAUAUCUAUUGUGUUUUUACUUCAAAUUUCACGCCUGUCGCGCUUUUCUGAAGCGCUCAGACACAUGCAGCGAUGCAUCCCGUCUCAGGUGGUGCACCGAGGAAGGCAUCAGUCGGGGACAAGACGGUAAAUUGGCGAUCAUCAAGAAAUGACAGGGAGGAGGCGGCGCGGGGAGUAGCCUCCAUGGCGAGCCCUAGCGGCUCUCACAGGACUGAGGCGGAGGCUGUGGUUUUCUCCAUCCAGUUUUACGGCAAGACUAUUGGUGAAGUGGGACUGAUGGAUCAAGACCUGUCACAGCUAGACUGGCAAAGAUUUAAGUCGUACAUAUUUCAGAACUUGCUGAGUAUGAAUAACCAAGAGAACAUAUGCAUUAGCUACAGUGAUGAUGAAGGAGAUAAACUUCCUAUUGAGUCUGAGGAAGAGUACAGAGAGGCACUUAAGGUUGCAAAGAAGAAGGCAGAAGCUCAUGACAAAAUGGUACUGGACCUCACACGGCAAGGAGGCCUCCCUACUGUGUUCUCCAUUGUUUCUUCGGGAAUUAAGCGUGUGAGUUCCUCUCCACCUAAGGAGGGAGGAAUUUCUUUCUUUAAGUCUGCCUCCCCUCCAAAGGACUCCUCAGGCUUCAUGGCAAGGAGCAGUGCACCUGACCGGAGGAUCUUCCCAUCUCUAUUCUCAGCUGAUAGAGGUGAUGAAGAGAUGCCUGGUGUGGGAUCACGACCGAAGAUGGCAAUGAGAGAUAGUGAACAACCUCCAGAAUGGUUCACUACUUAUAUGGAUAAGUUCCGUGAAGAGUUGUGUAACGAUGUGAUCACAAGGCUGGCACACAUGAUGAGGGAUGAGUGUUGUUUUGCCCUUGAGGCUGACAAACAGAAACCUAAAAAUGAACUUUUACAAGCUGAAAUGAAAGAAACACCAUGGAGUUCAAAAAUAGAGAAGGACAUUGUGAAGGAUUAUUCACAACUAUCACAAAUUAAAAUUAAUUAUCCAACUGUCUCUAAUUGGGCAGAGAGUGACCUUCCAACUGACCUCACAACUUUACCACUAGAGAAGGUCAUGGCGGUGAGAAGGCAAAGGAAAUCAUUCAGUUCAGAGAAAAGGAAUAGUUUCCCCAUUACAUUCAAUGAAGUGAAAGGUAAUUUGAAGGAUGCCCAAUCAGGGGCAGAGAACUGUUUGAAAAAGAAAGAUGUGAAAGAGGAUACUAGAAAAGCAGAUGAAGAACCUAAGUCAAAUAUUACUCAGAAGAGAAGUAACUUUGAAUUUGGCUUCAGUGAGCUAAGUGAUAUUACAAAGGAAAAAAAAACAAAUGGAGAUAGCAGUUCAAAGAAGAAGGAAAGAGAUGGAAAAGAAAAUAUAAAGAGUGCUGAUGUUGGAGUUAAACGCAAAAAAAGUAUUAAAGAAGAUGAAAGAUUUACCAAAUGGCUUGAAAAAAUGGAGGAAAAGAUGGCAAGGAAACAAGGAAAGAUGGAGGAGAGAUUUGUAAAGAAGCAUGAGAAAUUGGAAGAAAGACUUGUUAAAAAACAAGAAAAGUUAGCUGAAAGAUUCCAGAAACAACAGGAAAAGGUAGAAAGAAGGAAACCAUCAAGCAACAGACUUCUAGAUGUGGAGAAGAACAUGCGUGCACAGGGGAAAGUACUUGCCAAGAUGGAGGGAUUGAGGAAGAAACAGACAUGUACUUCUGAAGAACUAAGCAAACUGCGCAAAGUGGUGGACAAGCAUCACAAGGCUGCAGACAAACACCAUGAAAUGGACCAACGGCAGCUGAGGCGCUCUGAGCGGAAGGCUACCUAUCUGAAAGCUGGGAAGACUAGGAAAAUAGAUAUUGAUGCCAAGGCCUUCCCAGUUGAUCCAUCCCUCCUGCACAAAGCCCUUCUGGAGUUGGAGUCCUUGGCAGAGGACUCACCCAGUGAGAGCCACUGCUCUGCUACUAUAGGAUAUGAUGCAUUUUAUGUGAGGGAUAUCACCUACCCAGAUGGCUCUCAGGUGCCACCUGGAGCAAGAUUUGAGAAAACAUGGAGGGUGUUGAAUUCUGGAUUGAUGACAUGGAAUGAGAAAACUGAGUUAUGUAAGUGGUCUCAAGUGCAGUUCCAUGGAUCACCUGUGAACUGGAAAUUGAAGCCAUUGGAGAAGAAGGUUGUGUGUCCCCCUUUGAAACCUGGAGAGUGUGGAAACAUUUCCAUUACAUUUAUUUCACCAAAUGAACCAGGUUGGUAUGCUACACACUGGAGGUUCUGCCAGCAGGGCCGUGUGUUUGGGAACCAGAUCUGGUGUGCUGUUCAUGUGAGCAACAGCACUGAUGCUAAUUGUGAGACCCAAACAACAUGUGCUAAUACUGAAGUGGGUCCUGAUGUAGCUCAGGCAACCAUUUCUGAAGAAAGUGAGAAAAAGGAAAGUAUAGAAACAGAGACUUCUGAAGAACAGUCCUCACUCUCUGAAGAGGAUGUUCCAGUUUUUGUGGAUGCCACUAAAGACACCAAUAAGAUGGAAAGUAGUGUAACUAAAUCUACUAUUGCUCCAACCUCUGAUGCCAUCCAUGAAUCCAGUGCUGAGCCUCCCACUCUUGAGCAGCAAGCCUGUCAGUCAUCAGAGUAUGAGGUUGGCAUCAUUGAGAACUAUUAUGAUGCUGAGGAUCCAGCAGAAGAUGAUACUCAGCAUCUGAGUGAGGUUGGUCAGGACAGUACCAGUGAGCCUGAAGCCACAGCAAGAACCAACUUAGACCUGAUUACAUUUGAAGAUGAAGCAGAGAUGGUUCCUUCAAGGUCACCUUCCCCUGAUAUAAUUUCACAUACUCAUUCUGUGAUACCAUUAAAGGACAUGGCCAAGGAGUCUGUUGACUCCUUAAGGGACUUCAUGAAGGUUGCUGGAGAGAAAGAGGAGAAGAAAUCUUGCAAUGUUUCUUCAUCAUAUGGCCUUGAUGAUCUCAGCAUCUCUAGUGGGUCAUUUUCUGACUUAGAUUCAGAUGACCAAGCUAUUCUGAAUGAGUCUGACACAGACAUUUCUGACCAAGAUUAUUUUGUAGUGAGCAUCCCUGAAUGUUUUGAUCUGACACAUCCCUAUUCAGGCAAAGUGAGCAUCAAUCCAUCAGGAGUAUCACAGGGCACAGGAGCUAACCAUGAGGCCGAACGUCACGACACCCCAGACUUUUUGACUGCAGAUGAAGAUGACCGAACGACAACAGCUGCCCAUAAUUGUGUGAAUUACCAGGAUGAAUUGGCAGAUAGCAAUUCAAGUGGUGUGGAAGAUAAUGAAGGCAUCAGCCUUACUGGUACUAUACUGGAAGUACCUCAAUCAUCUGAUAUGACAGUUGAGAAUCCUCAGGCUGCUCAGGAUUUAAAGACAUCAGAUGGUAAAGUAUCUUCCCUGCCUCUUCAUCCCACGGAAACAAAGGGUUUCAUGGACAUUCCCCCUGAGGCUCUGCGUGCAAAUUUGGCUUUAAGUUUGUACAGAGGAAAUAUAAUAAAAACUGAAGCAGAACAACAGCAUCAGCAGCAGCAGCAGCAGCAGCAGCAGCAGCAGGAGUCUGGCCGAGCUACCUGGGGCUCAGGGAGGGAGGAGAGGCAAGAGGUAGUUUGUGAGCAACCAGUCUCAGCUCAGGUGAAAGCUGGAGCAUCACUCCAGAACCAGGGCAAGCCAUCCCACUCUGCCUCUGUUGUGCAGGAAGAGGGCUCUGGUCAGGGAACUCCAACAUCAGCAAGAACACAUGAGCAGCUCAUUGGUGAUGGAGCAGCAGCUCUUCCUGAUGAGUUGGUGAGCAUCAUACCUGAGGACCUGGUGCGUGGUGUGUGGAACACUGCACGCACUUUCAUCACCCGCAUCAAUCAGGAAAUGUUAUCCCCUUCAGCAAAUGGUCCAGGGAAAGAUCUUGAUCAUGAAGAUGAUGCAAGGAGUACCUCACCCCCACAUACAAGCCAAGAUCCUCCACAGCAGGAAGAGGGAAAGGAGGCACCCAGGACAACUACACCUGAGGCAAGGGAGGAGCCCAGCCUUCCACCACCCUUGCAGCAACUGGCAGACAUGGGCUUCAGCAACCAUGAAAUGAAUCAGUGCCUGCUCACCAAGUACAACAAUGAUGUGGCCUGUGCUGUAGCAGAGCUUAUUGUUCUCAAUUGUCAGUGAGCUGUUACUGGUGUCACUGUUUUGUCCAUAUUGUCUUCUGCUGAGGGAUGACAAACUGCAAUAUUACCUGCAUAUUGAUUCUGAAUUUUAACAUAGAUGAAGUGCGAAAUUUUGUUAAAGCACUUGUGCUAAACAUUAUAUUUUUCAUAAAGAUAGAGUGUGAGGUC